GGAUAAGAGGGGCUGGUUGUGGGUGUCCAUCGAGGGCUCCCAGAGAGAGGCCCUGCAGCAGAAUCUCCUUCCCAGCCUGCUGUGCUGCCUGCUGGGAUGCAGGCAGGCGGGGUGUGUGGCGGGAGCAGAGGGCCUGUUCUGGGGCGCGAUGAGAGUAGGCUGCAGAAGUGCUGGCUCAGGCAGUGACUAAAGGCCAGGCUCUGGACAGGUGCUAGUGGAACUUUCUGGGCCGGUGGUGGUGAUGGCGCGCUCGUGCCGUGCAGUUUAGUACAGUCACAUGUGAUGGCUGAACUGAAACUCCUGAACGUUUCAGCUUUAACUCUGUAACCGCUCUCGGCUCCUGACACCUCUAUAGCGAGAAGUGCACCAGGGACCUAGUGCAGCUCCAGCAGCUGCAGCAACGACAUGCCUGAGGGCUAGACGGGGGUCGGAAGACCAGCGGAGGGAUCUUGACAUGGCUGGUGGUAGCACAGUGUAGAAGGGUGUGUGUGUGUGUGUGUGUGUGUGUGUGUGAACCAGAAAGCUAACGAGACUGUAGAUAAGAAAGGGAGGGAGCUUGGAGAAGGAUGGCGUCUCUUACUCUAGGGGAGGAAGGCUCGUGGCCGCAGGUGGUUAGUCUGGUCUGUAAUCGAGGGAACACGGUAUAGGGUCUCCACCUUCAGAAUGUGAGCUGGACUCCAUGACCAAGGUGGUCAUGUAGGAGCUUUUACUCCAUGUUGAUCUGAUUUCCUCAAAGCCAAGACAUUUAGCUAUGGUUCAGCAAACAUACUUCACGCUGGGUCUCUGCUAGGUCCUGUAUGGGACACCAAGACAGUGUGGGACGCACUAGAUUCCCAUCUCACAUCAGCCCAGAUCCAUCUCACAUCUCUGUGUGGAAAGCUGGGAGCCCUUGCUUACCCCUGCCCUAGGUUAGAAUGUGUGUGAAAGGGCGUGGGUACGUCUCACCUGCUCCCAAGCUUUCCUACCAUUGCAGGACCGAGGUCUAUGUGGACCUUUGACUAGCCUGGAGUAGACCCUGCCUCUGGCCCAGCCUCCAGGACUACCGCCUGCCCAUGAGUGAGGAAAGAUGGCAUCCAAGGGGCCUGACAUGUCUUUCUCCCGAAAGAGCUACAGGCUGACCUCAGAUGCUGAGAAGUCCAGGGUCACAGGCAUUGUGCAGGAGAAACUACUGAAUGACUACUUGUACCGCGUCUUUUCCUCUCCCGACCAUGGGCCCCCUGCGGCCACCAGCAGGAAACCCCUGAACUUCCAUAACCUGCCAGAGCAUGUGGACCAGCUGCUGCAGGUGAACGGCGAAGACGAGGAGAGCCAGGGACAGGCUGAAGGGCGACUUGGCCCAUCCACCGUGGUCCUGGACCACACAGGAGGCUUUGAGGGGCUUCUCCUGGUGGACGAUGACCUUCUAGGGACCCAGGGCAGCGCUGGCCACGGCAGACCUGUGCCACCAAUGCUAACUCGGCUAGGGACAGAGCAUGUGCCUGGAGAGAAAGCCCACUCUUUUUCCUCCAUCCAGGUGAUUGGACACAGCAACUUUGGCACUAUCCGUUCUACCACGUGCGUGUACAAAGGGAAAUGGGUCUACGAGGUGCUCAUCUCCUCCCAGGGCCUCAUGCAGAUCGGCUGGUGUACCAUCAACUGCCGCUUCAAUCAGGAGGAAGGGGUUGGAGAUACAUACAACUCGUAUGCUUAUGACGGGAACCGGGUGCGCAAGUGGAACGUGACCACAACCAAUUACGGCAAGGCAUGGGCAGCGGGGGACAUCGUGAGCUGCCUGAUUGAUCUGGAUGAUGGUACUCUGUCCUUUUGCCUGAAUGGUGUAUCACUGGGCAUUGCCUUUGAGAACCUUUCCAGGGGCCUAGGAAUGGCCUACUUCCCAGCCAUCAGCCUGUCGUUCAAGGAGUCUGUGGCGUUCAACUUUGGCAGCCGUCCUUUGCGAUAUCCAGUUGCGGGCUUCCGGCCCCUGCAGGAUCCUCCGUUUGUGGAUCUGGUACGGGCGCAGAGGUUGCUGGGCUGCUUCCAGGCUGUGCUAAGUGUGGAGCUGGACCCUCUGGAAGGGCGGCUGGUGGAGAAGGAGAGUUCGGAAUGGCAGUUGCAAGGGCAGCCCACCGUCCUCCUUACGCUGGCCCACAUCUUCCAUCACUUCGCACCACUCCUGCGCAAGGUCUACCUAGUGGAGGCUGUGCUCAUGAGCUUUCUGCUGGGUAUCACGGAGAAGGGCACGCCUGAGCAGGCACAGUCUGCGGUACAUCAGAUCUUGGACAUCUUGUGGCUCUUCAUGGAGGACUAUGAGGUCCAGGAUUGCCUCAAGCAGUUGAUGAUGUCUCUGCUACGUCUCUACCGAUUCUCGCCCAUUGUCCCAGACCUGGGUCUGCAGAUCCACUACCUGCGCCUCACCAUGGCCAUCUUGAGACACCAGAAGUCCCGCAAGUUUCUGCUUAGCAAUGUCCUUUUCGACAUGCUGCGGUCCGUGGUCUUCUUUUAUAUCAAGAGUCCCCUGCGUGUGGAGGAGGCUGGCCUGCAGGAACUCAUUCCCACCACCUGGUGGCCCCAUCGCUCCAGCAGGGAGGGCAGAGAUGGCAAGGAGGCACCAGAGGAGACCACGGAAGAGCGGCAGCGGAGGCGAGCUUAUGAGCGUGGCUGCCAAAGACUCAAGAAACGCAUUGAAGUGGUGGAAGAACUACAGGUCCAGAUCCUGAAGCUCCUGUUGGACAAUAAAGACGACAAUGGGGGGGAAGCUUCUCGGUACAUCUUCUUGACAAAAUUCCGAAAGUUUCUGCAGGAGAAUGCCAGCGGCCGAGGGAACAUGCCAGUGCUCUGCCCCCCGGAAUACAUGGUGUGCUUCCUACACCGGCUGGUGUCUGCCCUGCGCUUCUAUUGGGAUGAGUACAAAGCCUCCAACCCCCGUGCUUCCUUCAGCGAGGAGGCUUAUAUCCCGCCCCAGAUCUUCUAUAAUGGCAAGGUGGACUACUUUGACCUUCAGCGCCUCGGGGGCCUCCUCUCGCACCUCCGAAAGACCCUGAAAGAUGACCUUGCUGCCAAAGCCAAUAUCGUGAUUGACCCCCUGGAGCUCCAGGCAGCCACCAUGGAUGACUUGGAUGAGGAUGAAGAGCCAGCCCCCACAGCAGCCCAGCGUCCCAUUCAAGCUCUGGCCAUUGGAGGGGCACUGCCCUUGCCCCGGCCGAGCUGGCUCAGUUCUCCAACCCUGGGCCGAGCCAACCGCUUCCUCAGCACAGCAGCUGUGAGCCUCAUGACUCCGAGGCGGCCUCUGGGCACCGUGGAGAAAGUGAAGGUCCGCUCGCUGAAUGUGGAACAGAGGACCCGUGAAGACAUUGAAGGCAGCCCGUGGAAUGAGGGCCUGCUGUUGGGGAGGCCCCCCGAGGAACCUGAGCAGCCCCUCACCGAGAACUCGCUGCUGGAAGUCCUGGAUGGCACGGUCAUGAUGUAUAACCUCAGCGUUCACCAGCAGCUGGGCAAGAUGGUAGGUGUGUCUGACGAUGUCAAUGAGUACGCAAUGGCCCUGAGAGACACAGAGGACAAACUGCGUCGGUGCCCCCAAAGGAGGAAGGAUAUCCUUGCAGAGUUGACCAAGAGCCAGAAAGUUUUCUCAGAGAAGCUGGACCACCUGAGCCGCAGGCUUGCCUGGGUCCAUGCCACCGUCUACUCACAGGAGAAAAUGCUGGACAUCUACUGGCUGCUGCGUGUCUGCCUCCGCACCAUCGAGCACGGGGAUCGCACGGGAUCUCUUUUUGCCUUCAUGCCUGAGUUCUACCUAAGCGUGGCCAUCAACAGCUACAGCGCUCUCAAGAAUUAUUUUGGCGCUGUGCACAGCAUGGAGGAGCUCCCAGGCUAUGAGGAGACCCUGACCCGCUUGGCUGCCAUCCUUGCCAAACACUUCGCUGACCCACGAAUCGUAGGCACUGACAUUCGAGACUCGCUGAUGCAGGCCCUGGCCAGCUACGUGUGCUACCCACACUCCCUGCGUGCUGUGGAGCGCAUCCCCGAGGAGCAGCGUAUCGCUAUGGUGAGGAACCUUUUGGCACCCUAUGAACAACGGCCCUGGGCCCAGACCAACUGGAUCCUGGUGCGGCUUUGGAGGGGCUGUGGGUUUGGAUACCGCUAUACACGGCUGCCACAUCUGCUGAAAACCAAACCAGAGGAUGCCAAUUUGCCCAGCCUCCAAAAGCCCUGCCCUUCCACCCUGCUGCAGCAGCACAUGGCCGACCUCCUGCGACAGGGCCCCGACGUAGCACCCAGCUUCCUCAACAGCGUCCUCAACCAGCUCAACUGGGCCUUCUCGGAGUUCAUCGGCAUGAUCCAGGAGAUCCAGCAGGCUGCCGAACGCCUAGAGCGGAACUUCGUGGACAGCCGGCAGCUCAAGGUGUGCGCCACCUGCUUUGACCUGUCGGUCAGCUUGCUGCGGGUCUUGGAAAUGACCAUCACCCUGGUGCCCGAGGUAUUCCUCGACUGCUCCCGCCCUACCUCUGAGAUGCUGCUCCGACGUCUCGCACAGCUGCUGAACCAGGUGCUGAACCGGGUGACGGCCGAGAGGAACCUGUUUGACCGUGUGGUCACCCUGCGGCUGCCUGGCCUGGAGAGUGUGGACCACUACCCUAUCCUGGUGGCAGUGACCGGCAUCCUGGUACGCCUCCUGGUGCAUGGUCCGGCCUCAGAGACAGAGCAAGCCACCUCUGUGCUCCUGGCUGAUCCCUGCUUCCAGCUUCGUUCCAUAUGCUAUCUCCUGGGGCAGCCAGAGCCCCUAGCACCUGGCACUGCCUUGCCCGCCCCUGAUCGGAAGCGCUUCUCUCUUCAGAGUUAUACGGAUUACAUCAGUGCUGAGGAGCUGGCCCAGGUGGAACAGAUGCUGGCCCACCUGACCGCAGCCUCUGCCCAGGCAGCAGCUGCCUCCCUGCCCACCAGUGAAGAGGACCUCUGCCCAAUCUGCUACGCCCACCCCAUCUCUGCUGUGUUCCAGCCUUGUGGCCACAAAUCCUGCAAAGCCUGCAUCAACCAGCACCUGAUGAACAACAAGGACUGCUUCUUCUGCAAAGCCACCAUUGUAUCUGUCGAGGACUGGGACAAGGCGGCCAAUACAAGUGCCACCUCCUCAGCUGCCUAGGCCAGCCUGAUGCACACAGCUUCCACCAUUCCGGAAGCUUCCCCCGAGACCCAGACUGAGCCCUAUUUAUGAGCUCCUUUGGCCCUAUCUCCCCAUCACCCCCACUCUUAGCACUUCCAUCCAUCUGCCUGUGUAUAGGCUCAUUGGUGGGAGCCCAGCCAUUGCCCUAAUUAUGCCUGAGCUUGACUUUCAGUCCAGGCUACAGUGAGCAUUAAAUUAUUAUUCCAUAGA